UGCAAAGAUGGCGUCUGCACAGUUAACGGAUGAGGAGCUUGUGUCUGAAUUGAAACGGCUCGGCUUCACCCCGGGCCCGGUGACGGAGAGCACGCGGCCCGUGUACUUGAAAAAACUGAAAAAGCUGCGGGAAGAGCAGCCACAACUGCGGGGCUCCCGGAGCGGGAAAGGGCGCAGCAGCAGCGGAACUAUCAACAACAACGGCAGCGGCGCUAGCAGCAACAGCAGCUCGGCGGCGCGAGCUCCGGGAUUCAGCGCCAGGCCACCGACCAGUGACGUCACGCGCCUGAGCGCCAGCCGGAGCGAAAAGCGCAAAGCCGGAAAGUUCGUGCUGGGCUUUAGCUCGGACGAGUCGGACGUAGAGGCUCCGCAGAAAAAAGGAGGCCCGAAUCACGGCGGCAGCAGGAGAGACCGGGGAUCCGCACAGCAGACACCCACCAUCAGGCCUGCGGGAACACCCGCUGCCGCCGUCUCCCUCGGGCUAUCCGCGGACAGGAAAAGCGUUUCUGGCUCUCCGUGGUGGGCAGACCGGGGGAAAUCGGGUGAUUUAGCGGAAACGGAAAGAGACAGUCGGGCUGUGAAUGGGAAUAAGGCUUUUUACGAGUCGAACAGUAGUAAGUUAGCCAGGGAUUACUCUGAUUCCGACGAGGAGGAGGAAGAGGUGGGUGAACGAGACCGUCCGCGCGAACGCCGUCUGACUUCCAGACACAGUCCACCCGCCUCUUCUUCCCCUUACCGGAGCGCCUGGAGCUCGGAUAAGACGGCGCUGGGCGCGCAUGAUACACCAGACUACAACCUAGAUAUGGUCGGGGAACGGAGGGACGAGGAUGACAAGGAACCUAGCGAGUUUAGCGGAAGCUACGUGAGCCGCAGCUACCCGAAACUGUCCGGAACGGGCAGGGAUGACAACAGCGGUGGGAGCAGCAUCCCGUCUGGUUCUUUCCAUAGGAAUCACCUCGACAAUGGAGACGGCGAAUCCGCCUGCAGCAGCCGGUUCAGCAUCGGUCUCAGACCACGCUUUCCUUCCUACACCGCGACUUACCGAGCGAACCACUCGAACCACACCGGUUCCAAUCACUCCUAUAGCCAUGCUUCAGCUCACAAGUCCAAGCAGCACACCACGGUCCCGGAGGACGAGCUCCUGCAGCAGUUUAAGCGGGAGGAGGUGUCCUCCACCGGCGGCUUCAGUGCCCACUACUUGUCCAUGUUCCUCCUGACAGCCGCCUGCCUGUUCUUCGUGCUGCUGGGCCUCAUGUACCUGAGGAUGAGGGGCUCCGGCACCGCCGUGGGUGAUGCAGUCAUCAUGCAGCAUCCAUUCGGAGCUGAGUUUGAUAAGCAGUAUGACGUUAAAGAGCGAGAACUCAUCCUUAACCUUCUCUUGUCUCUACAUGAGCACCUGGCCAGUGUUGCAGGAGAACAUGAUUGUGGAGAUUUUAAAAAUCCUUUAAACAGAAGUGUCUCUUUUAGUGACGCCUCCAAGUACCUCAAGCUCCAAAAUGAAGCCUAUGAAAACUUGAUUGAAACGUCUUUAGAAUGGGUCAUGAAAACCAAAGAUGUUGUUGGAAUAAGGUUGAUUGGUGGUGACCCUGAUCAUCCCAUAGAGGAUGUAUCUGAAAUCUCUCGUCUGGAGUCCAUCCACCCCCGCAUGUCCUUCUUCUGCCGCUUCAGACGAGCCUUCUUCACUGUGAUCUACAGAGUUCUCCUCAUCCUCGCAGGCAUCGGUGUUGUUGUGGGUUUGGUGUAUUACAUGAAAUACAGAUGGCGCAAGGAAGAGGAGGAAACCAGACAUAUGUAUGACAUGGUGGAGCGAAUAAUCGAUGUCCUGAGGAGUCACAAUGAGGCCUGUCAGGAGAAUAAGGACUUGCAGGCAUACCUGCCCAUCCCUCACGUCCGUGACUCUCUUGUCCAGCCUCAGGAGAGAAAGAGGAUGAAGAAAGUGUGGGACAGAGCAGUUUCAUUCCUCUCUGCGAAUGAGUCCCGCAUCCGGACAGAGAAGCAGAGGAUUGGAGGGGCGGAUUUCAUGGUGUGGCGGUGGCUUCAGCCCUCAAUGUCACCUGAUAAGAUGUGCAACAUGCCCUCCAAAGUGUGGCAAGGCCAAGCAUUUCCGCUGGACCGAAGAAAUUCGCCACCAAACAGCUUAACGCCAUGCUUGAAGAUUCGCAACAUGUUUGAUCCUGUAAUGGAAGUGGGGGAAAACUGGCAUCUCGCCAUUCAAGAAGCCAUUUUGGAGAAGUGCAGUGAUAAUGAUGGAAUCGUUCACAUAGCUGUUGACAAAAACUCAAGAGAGGGCUGCGUUUACGUGAAGUGCCUUUCAGCAGAGCAUUCUGGGAAAGCCUUCAAAGCGCUCCACGGCUCCUGGUUCGAUGGUAAGCUGGUGACGGUCAAGUACCUGCGCCUGGAUCGCUACCACCAGCGUUUCCCACAAGCCCUAGGCUCCAACACACCUCUCAAACCCUCCAGCUCCAGCAUGAACAGCAUGUCUCGUCUGAACCAGCGCUCCAGCACGUCCAGCUUGAAGGACACGUUCUCCUGAAGGACAUGCAGGACGGCCACCAACCAUCCUCUCUGCUCUCUUUCACCAUAAACGAAAAGCUCCCAGCCAGAGGGAAACACGUUCAGGAGCAGUCGGGCGACUAAGGACGCCCAAUCAGUUUUGUCAGCCAUAUGCAAGCAAUGGUGUUUAAACCUGUGAGCUGCUGUGUUUUUGUUUCUAUUUUUUUUCCCUCUGUCCGUUGGAGUCAAGGGAGAAACUGUGGCGUAAAUCAGUGGAAAAGAGAGCAUUGUUUGCUCCGGAUGAGAACUUUUAGGACACAAUCCUUCUCAUGUCUGGUGCAAGUGGACACACAUUUCUGGUUCUUUGAUGUAUUUGCUUUUGUUUUUAUUUGAAAUAUACCGUCUUUAUGGAUUCAAUAACAAAA